CGUCACUGCUUCUGGCUCAAAGUUCAGGUCAUACAGACAGUUUCAGUAUUGCCUCUGCGAGUGUGUUUGUGUUCCCCCUCAGUCUCUUACCUAUUCCUCUGUUCAUACUGAGUGCUACAGGAUGACCCGUUGGGCCCUUCUUGCUCCCCUCCUGCUGGGCCUGUUCAUCCACAUUGCUGUUAGCCAGGAGGCUGAGGACCCAACUGCACCACCACCAGAACAGGCCUCUGAUGGCACGCAGGCAGAGGAUGAGAAUGAGGAAUGGGGACUAAAUUCCCUUAGAGGCAGCUUUGAGUCUGUCGGAGGAUACUUUGACUCGAUGCUGGAAUUCAUGGGCGGACGUGAUGGAGUAUGCCAAUACCGCUGUCGAUAUGGUAAAGCUCCUCUUCCUCGUCCUGGCUACCAGAUGCCUGAACCUGAUGGAUGUAGCUCCUAUUUCUUUGGCCUUCCUGUUCCAGAGGGGAUGGACAUAGGAAUCCCCGCCAUGACCAAGUGUUGCAACCAGCUGGAUAUGUGUUACGACACCUGCGGCUCCAACAAGUACCGCUGCGACUCCAAGUUCCGCUGGUGCCUCCACAGCAUCUGUUCUGACCUCAAGAAGAGCCUUGGCUUUGUGUCAAAGGUUGAAGCGUGUGAAACGGUAGCUGACACCUUGUUCAACACAGUGUGGACCCUGGGCUGCAGACCCUACAUGAACAGCCAGAGAGCAGCAUGCUUCUGUCAAGGCGAGGAGAGAGAUGAACUUUAGAUUUAGAAAUGAACCACGCUCCUAUUUAUUACAGUAUCAACUGGUGUGACAUUGCAGACGAUAGCACUCUGAGUGAUGGUGUUGCAAAGACUGCUGUCUGACUACUUGAGUAAUUUAUUUGGACGUUCUCCCUCUCAAGACGUUAUAUUAUUUGUUCUAAGUUCAACAGCACACCGUAUUACAAGCCAAAACCAUUUGUGUCUUGUAGAGGUGCAUUACUGCUGUCUGUGGUGAAGCAUCUAUGCGUUGGCAAUGGAGCAUGAUUCUGGAAAAGUACAAAUACACAGUAUGUGGUGUCAGCUACACCUUAAAUGCACAGACAGCCUUUUGUGUUUCAGUCUUUGCAUGUUACCAUGUAAUACUUAACCUACCUGAUAAAUAAAUGUUAUUAACAGAUCCA